GCCAGUGGUUCGGCUUCUACACGUGUUUACGGCACAUGACAGCAUAUCUGGUGGAAUAGCCGCUUUCCCUGCGGUGACAGGCCGCUGGAGCUGCUCCGGGUUGCUCACGGCGGUGUCCGGGCAGCGGCUGAUGCCGGGUCGCGAUGUUCAGCAGUGCAGGGACGUGUUUGUAGCUGCGGAGCUAGCAGCUAGCGGCUAGCCGGGAGCAGGACAACAUGUCCGGACUUGUCUCCCCACGCUGAGCGCGCUGCACACUCUGUGUUCUCGCACACCAUGGACUUCCAGUUCCCCCAGCAGCUGUUCCCCUCGUUUUACAACAGCGGACCUCCGGACUCGGUCGUGAAACACUUUGCCGGAGACUGGGGAUCUUACCAGCGGGUCCGGCUUCAGGGAGGUUCUGGUUCCGACUCCACCUGGACGUUUAUACCCAAACAUGAAGUCCGGGGGGAGACGUGGCGUCCCACUGAGCCCAUCCCGGUUCCACUGCUGUCUCCCAAGGAUGCUUUCGUUCCCUACGUGACGCCUCCGGAUCCUCUGAGCUUCACGAAACAUAUGCAGAACUUCUUCAUGGAUCAUAAACACGACGCCUUCGGAUGCAUGAGCAGCAUCCUGGGAAGAAACUUCUUCUUCUCUGAUGGACGACGCCGACAGCGGUGUCCUGAGGGCUCGGUCAACAUGUGGAGGGUGAGGAAACACCUGGACCAGCUCCACGUGAAGAAGUGUCGGCAGACGUAUUACUCGCUGUCGCUGAACCGGUACUGCUGCCUGCUGUCCGACGUGGUGCCCUCCGUGCCCCCCGACCUGCUGGGGCCGCUGCUGCACGAGGAGCUGGCCGAGCAGAGGGACCGCCUGCUGUUCUGCGAAGCGGCCGGGGGCGCUCUGGCCUUCGUCCCCUUCUCCCAGAGCAGCGGCUGCCUGCUCUAUCCAGGACACGGCGAUCAGGACCUGCUCAACUUCCACAAGGUGGCGCUGCUGCAGCACCCCGAAGGAAGCCCCCCCACUGUGGACAGCAGCAGCAGCAAGCCCUUCAGCUUCCAGCUCCAGGGCGCCAUCAGACAGCUGAGCGCCGCCUGCUUCCCGCACAGCUGCCUGGUGGGCGCGCGUCUGGAUCACCUCUGUGGCGUUUGGAGCUUCAGUGAGCAGAACGAGCCUCGUCUGCUGCAGGCGGUCAAAACCUCAGAGACAGCGACCUGCGUCAGCCUCAGUCCUCAUGUCUGCGGUGAAGUCCUGGUGGCGAGCGAGAGCGGAGCGGCACACCUGUGGACGGUGGGGAAAGGCAUGCAGAAGGUCCGGGCGGAGGACUCCAACCUGUACUUCAACGCCCGGUCCCGGUGGCGGUGGUGCGAGUUCUCGGCUCACCCCAGGGUGGCGCUGUACGCUGACCGGACGGGGGCGGAGCUCACAGACUUCAGGGCCAGUCCGCCCUCCAGUCACACCCUGUUUCGUAUCAGCAGCUCGUCCGAGUGUCGCAACGGAGAGCGGCUGAUCCUGGUCCGGUACCUGAGGGACGCUCACUGCUUCCACCACCUCGUCACCACGCAGUACUCGGCGUACAUCGUGGACGAGCGCUUCCCCGGCGUGCCGAUGCUGAAGCUGGACCACCAGAUGCGGUCGCCGCCCGUCUUCUGCCACGUCGUUCCCGAAGAAGGACGAAGCACCAAGAUGCUCCUGGGCUCCCGCCGCUGCCAGGAAGUCACGCUGCUGCAGUACUCGGGUGGCCGAUCAGAUGCCUGCUCCAGUCGGGGUCCUCCUCAGGCUCUGCUCAGAGCCGCAGACAGUCUGGAGCACCUGCCGGUUCUCAUCCCCCACCAGCAGAGCGCCGCCGCCCACAGACUGUCUGCACCGGCCACAGGUCUGACCUGCAUUGGGCCGGCGGGCGGCGGCUCGGAGCGGCGCCGCCUCUGCGUCCUCCAGCUGACGGAGGCCGGAGACAUUUUCUACCAGGUGGUGGAGUCGGAGCGACGCGGAGCCGAGGCCGAGGCCGCCGGCGCCCGGCGCCCCCCGCUGCUGGCAGAGGACACGUCCAGCGAGGACGGCGACGUGAUCGGGCCGACUCAGGCCACUCCGGGCUUCGUUCCUGAAUCGCCCGAUUGGGACUCCGACUCGUUCUCCGAGGAUUCAGAGGCGGAGGGCAGGCACCGCCGCCUGAAGAGGUUUAAGGUUCCGGUCGUGGUCAACGAGGAUCCGGAGCCAGAGCUGGACCCGGAGCCGGAUCAAACGGGUGUGGAGGACGGAAGCACGAGGAGGAGCGGCGAGGAGACGCUCAGCAGCUCACCUCCUCAGGAUCUGACUCCGCCCGCUCUCAGCCGGGCGGCGCUCGCCACCUGGAAACACUGGCUCCAGACACUGAUGCAGAGCAGCACUAGGGAUAAGCCCCGCCCCCCCAGCUCGUCACACUUCAUCGUCAGCACUGAGGAUCUGCUCAAACCCGUCAACGCGGCCCCGUCAGGAAGCGGCGGCCUGCAGGAAGUCGGCGAGUAUCUGAGGUCCUGCAUGUCCAGACGCUCGCUGGCCCUGUCCGCCCCGGUCCAGGACCCGGACCUGGUUCCCGUCCCGGAGCAGGUGGACACGGAGGCCUGGACCGACCCGCUGAGCCGCAGGCUGACGGCGUCCUGGCAGGGCGAGGAGGCGUGGCUGGCCUGGUGGGAGGAGGAGCUGGGCACGCACAGGGAGGCCAAGGCUCAGGCGCUGAGGAGGAAGCGGCGGCGCGAGAAGGAGGCGCGGCGCGCCGCCGGCCAGCAGCUGGAGCUCAGCGCCAGCUUCUCCUCCUCCGCCAGCGGCCCGUCCGAGCUGGACGACUUCUCCACCCACAGCCAGGUGCCCUGGUUCGACACCGAGUGGACGGCCCGCCCCUACCCGGACCCGGGUCUGGAGAGAGACCCGACUGAGACGGACGCUCCUGCUGGACCCCCGACCGGCGAGGAGGCGGACCCCCAGACCCCCACCGGGACCGGGACCCCCGAUCCCUCACCUGCUCCGGAGAAGAGGCGCGAGCCGCUCGCCGCUCAGGAGAACCCGGUCCAGACGGAGGAGCAGAUGGAGGUCCCAGUCCGUACGGGGGCCCCCGCCCAGAAGGAGGCCCCCGCCCAGAAAGAAAACCCCCUUCAGAAGGAGAACCCCGUCCAGAAGCAGAACCCCGUCCAGAAGGAGGCCCCCUCCACCCCCGCUGCCCGUUACACCUCAUCCUCUCAGUUCAGCAGCUCCCAGAAUUCCCUGGGGCGCCUGUCCCAGUCGUCUCAGCCCAAGAAGAAGAAGUCUCGGAUGGGGUUCUGAGCGUUUUGGGAUUACCUUUGCUGGACUUGUGGAUUAAGUUGGAGCUGGAUCUCCUGGAGGACGGAGGACAGAGGCAGCUCAGGAGGACUUGGUAGGACUGACUGGAGUGUGUGUGUGUGUGUGUGUGUUUGUGUGUGUGUGUGUGUGUGUGUGUGUGUGUGUGUGUGUGUGUGUGUGUGUGU